AUGCAGGUUAUACACUGUCAAUAUAAUUUAUAUUAGCUUUUUGUACAUUCGCCGAUCGUCAUUCUGUUUUUGCGUGUUACAACAGGAAGGAAAUAAUGGAGAAUUUAUGGUGGAUUUUUGUUUUUGUUUUCCUUGUUGUUAUAAUUGCUGCUGUUUUUCGAUCUAUCGAACAGGUUUUAGCACAAAUUCCAUCCGAUAAACACAAUAAAAAGGUUAAGAAAAACACUGUGAAACAAUCAAAAGAAACAGAUGAAGGUUCAACAUUGACAACGCGUGAAAAAUCGUUAGAUGCGAGUUCGGUCAAGAAAAGGAAACAAGUCGGGACGUCUUUCAGGGAAACUUUGCAGUCGGCCUACGAAAUGAAUGUAUCAUUAUCAAGCGAGUGUUUGUCAGAAGAUGAAACGACAGAAACCUACAAAGACGAAACGAAUGAGGUUCAAGGUCGUAUUGAAAAUAAAUCCCUGUCAGAUGAAAUGACAGAAACCUACAAAGACGAAACGGAUGAAGUUCAAGGUCGUUUUAAAAUUAAAUCCCUGUCCGGUCUUAAAUAUGACAAAUGCCGUUCAUAUAUUGACAAAGAUGGCCUGAAGAAAGAGAUGGAAAAAGCGGGAGUCUUGCAUGGUCUAAAUAAAUAUAUCAAGGAUUCUUUAAAAACGUGGGCUGACAUGGAAUUAAAUGUUGCUGUCACAGGCAAUUCUGGUGUUGGAAAAUCCAGUCUCAUCAAUGCUCUUAGAAAGUUAAAACCUUCGCACGAAGGGGCAGCUACUGUUGGUGUUUUUGAAUCAACUACAAAGGGUAUAAAAUACAUCUAUCCUGAAAAUCCAAGGGUAGCUCUUUGGGACUUACCUGGCGUGGAAACACAAAGCCUCACAAAAGAGAAAUAUUUUAAUGACAUGAAUUUUCCUAGAUUUGACGUGGUUAUAAUUGUUACAGAGGGGCGAUUCCAAGAAAAUGAUAUAUGGUUGGGAAAAGAGUUGCGUACCAUACGCAAAAAUAUUAUUUUUGUUCGAACAAAAAUUGACAUUGACAUUGCAAACAUAAAGCGGGCGUAUCCAGACAUAUUCAAUGAAAUUGAAUGCCUGGAUAAAAUUAGGAAUAAUUUAUCAGAAAACAUUCGCCUUGGGGGAAUACCAGAUUUUGGUAGUAAUGUGUUUUUGGUCAGCUCUCCCGAAAGAGAAUUGUACGAUUUUAGUAUUUUCGAUCAGGAACUUAAAGGUUUAUUGAGCAUCAAUGCAAGCGUCAUCACAGCUUUACUACAUGAACAAAUUAAAAAACAAAUAAAGAAAGACCAAGAAUCGUGCAAGAAUAGAUUCAAAGGUUUCAUUGGUUUCCUUUACGGUUGGUCUUUGACAUUUAACUUUGACUCUCAAUUACUUGAUGCAUACCGGAAAAAGUUUUGCAUCGAUGAACGUUCCCUUGAGCUGAUAGCAAAUGAAUUGAAAGCCACAAAAAGCGAAUUAAAAAUGUGUCUGAAAUCUUACCAGAAACAUCACUUAAACGUUGGGAUUAUCGACAAAGGCAAAUGUUUGAAAAUGUGUGCUGAAAUGGCAAAAGAUGAAAGAUGUUUAGCAUAUCGUCGUCUUAACCUUCUUGCAAAACAACUAAAACCGAUUUAGUAAUGGAUAUUGCUUUGAUAAAUUAAGUGAUAGACUUCAUUAUGGCCAAUACACCACAACAGGAAAUAAUAUAUCUAUACAAUGUAAUUUGUCUGAUGUUUCAAGCUUCACAAAUAAUAAAAAUGACAAUUGCGAAUUACAUGGCUAGAAUAACUUCAAAUUCAAUAUUUCAAUGGUGACAUAAUAACACUAUCCAAGAGCAUUACAAAGCAAACUAUAAGUGCAACGACAGGACAUGUUAUCCAGGUAUUUUUAUUUCUUCGAGAUAUAACAACGGUGAUGCGAUCAAAUGUAGCAGAAACGAAGUCUACAAUUGACGGUUUAAACUCUGUUGUAAGUCGUUUUUAUCAUAAAAUGAGACACUUUCAGACUAUCAGUGGUAUUGUUCUAAUCUAUGAAUUAGACCAGAUUUAAGACUGAGCUACAAUUGAGCAAUUUAUUCAAAGACAAUCCGGAACUUUCAAAAACCGAAAAUGUGCCAAUCAAGAAGGUCUAUCGUGAACGCAGCAGAAAUGCAGAUAUGUGUCCGUUUACAUCUUGAUUCUAAUACUUAAGAAAUCGAGAAAAUAUUGCCAAAAGUAAAGACAAAAUUUCAGUAGUUGAUCUGAAAUUAUUAUCGUAUGAAACAUUUAAGUAUGUAUGUAAAAAGUUAUCUUAUUUUCGUUAAAAAGAGCUUUGUAUAAUUUCGUGUAAGAGAGACAUAGAACGUUUUUGAAAAUGAA